CUAACCCUAAUUUUCAUUUUUCCCCACUUGCCUCUCAUCUGUGCGGCGGCUGCAGGCAACCAAGAGAGUGAGGCAGGGGCAGCGCCGCCUCCGCCCGUAGCCAUCCUUCUCCCGAGCAUCCGCCACUCCCCAACCUUCUCCUCCAUCCACUCCCUCCCAUCCACGGCCAUGGAACGUGAAGGCGUCCUCAACGGCCGUCGUUCAGCCAUUGACUGGUUCGGUAGUGGCACCUCAACCAUGGAGCGCGACCGCACGCGAUCGUUGCUGGGGAAUCGGGGCUCAGGCGGCGACCGGGUUGACGGCGGCAGCAGCAUGGAGCGCAGCCACACGCGGCCGAUGGUGGGGCUGGGCUCAGGCAACGCCACGCCUCCAGACGCAAACAAUGCUGGGCAAGGACAUGAAAACAAUGACAUCUAUUAUAUUUGGAACCAUGGUCGUAUGUUCGGUGGAGGAUUUGAGUGUGGGUAUUGCAACCUGAAAAGCAAAGGAGGUUCAACCCGCUUUAGGCAGCAUCUUAGUUGUUUAUCAGGAGAUGUGAGGCAGUGUCCUAACGUUCCAAGAAACAUACGUGAUGUAAUGAGGAACAGCUGAGCCUGGGAGCAUAAGAGAUUUUUACUUGACGCAAGACAUAAGGGUGGAAAACAAGUCAAUAUUGAACUCUCCUGUUUGUGUUUUGUGGCUGUCAUGUUUGAACGUUGAAACGCUUCGGUUGUAUUAGAUGUCGAUUUAAAUUUUUACUUGACGCAAGACUCUAAUGUGGACUCUUAAUCUGUGUUGUUAAGACUGUUGAGCUGGACUAUUGUUGUGUGGUUGGAGUAUUGGACUAUACAUUUUUUUGAUUUUC